AUGUCGUUCGCCCGUUCCGCCGCGCCCGUUCGAAGCGUUCUCCGAAGCGCUGUCAACCAGCAGUCGCGCACUUUCACCACCACCAACGCAUCCGGCAUCACCACCGCUGCUGCCGACGAUGGAGCGUUGACCUCGACUGUCACCGUUGCUAUCAAGGCCGGCUCUCGCUACGAGUCGGCUCCCGGUGUUGCGCACGUGCUCAAGAACUACCUGUUCAAGUCAAACCAGAAGCGUUCGGCUCUGCGUCUCGUUCGCGAGGCCGAGUUCUACGGAGGUGUCCUCUCCACCGCUUUGACUAAGGAGCACCUGCUGCUCACGGCCGAAUUCCUGCGCGGUGAUGAGGACUUCUUCGUCGAGGUACUCGGUGAUGUUUUGUCCAAGUCCAAGUUUGCCGCGCACGAGUUUAACGAGGAGGCUUUGCCCCAGGUUCAGGCAGAACAUGCGCAGGCACAAUCCAACCCCGCCGUGCUCGGUUACGACAGCUUGCUCCAGACCGCCUACCGUCAACGCAGUCUCGGUCACUCACUCUUCGCCUCGCCCGCCUCGCCCGUCUCGCACCGUCAGACCGUCGACUUUGCGCACGCCGCUUUUGCCAAGAACAACAUUGCCGUGCUCGGUUCCGGUAUCGAGAGCAACAAGCUUUCACAGCUCGUCUCGGCGCACUUUGGCGACCUCGCCGCAACCGCGUCGGUCUCGACGACCGCUGCCAAGUACUUUGGUGGUGAACAGCGUGUAGCCUUCUCUGCCCCGCACGGUGCCGAGAACACACGUGCGGCUCAUGGCCACUUUUUCAUCGGCUUUGAGGGCGCCGGUCACAAGGAUGCAAGUGAGGCUGCCAACCUGGCUGUGCUUCGUUCGCUGCUCGGUGGUGACUCGUCGGUCAAGUGGAGCAACGGCGUUUCGCCGCUGUCGCAGAUCGCCGAGAGCGUGUCGGGUGCUCAGGCUCACGCUUUCAACUUGACCUUCUCGGACUCGGGUGUGUUUGGUGCCCACGUCUCGGCACCAAGCGCUUCCGUUCAGGACGCUGCUAGCAAGGUCGUCCAGGCACUCAAGAAUGUCGCUGGCGGUCUCAAGGACGAGACCAUCCAAGCGGCCAUCGCCAAGGCCAAGUUCGAACGCGCCUCGGUGCUUGAGAACCGCACCGCUUCUCACGAACUCGUCUCGGCCCAGCUGCUCGACUCUGCCAACGUGGUCACCUUGGACGACACUUUUGCUGCGCUUGAAGCCGUCAAGGCUAACUCGCUCUCCACUGCUGCUGAGAAACUCCUCAAGAGCAAGCCUACAACCGUUGCUGUAGGCGACGUUCACCUUCUCCCUUACGCUGACGAGGUUCUCUAG